AUGAGCCUAGCCAAUUUGCGCGGGCACCUCGGGGAUCCGGAAGACCCAGUAUCGGAGGAAGAACUAGAAGAAGAACUGGCAGAAGAGGAAAAAGUAACAACAAGCUCAACGGUUCCUGGAGGACCUAUGACGUCUUCGGCCACAGCAGCGGCUCCAGGCAACUCCUCUUCAGGGACCCUGGAUCCCCCAGCUGCAAGCUCGGCGGAAACAACAGGAGUAAUUGGGACCAUGGCAAUGCUUUUCCAUUUUCAAUUGAUUUCUUCCAUCGAUCAGCGAUACAGACUAGAUAUCCCGGCUCUUGAGGGGAUAACACAACCUGGAGAUAUCAUGAUAGGAGUUUUGAUGCCUAUCUUUGUGGAUAGAGUUUACCAAAGCAUCUCCUACACAGAGAGACCUCCCAGCAUCAAAUGCACACAAUUCAGGUUGGACUCCUACCAACAGCUCCUAGCCAUAAUGUUUGCAGUAGAAGACAUUAAUCAGAAUCCCAGUGUUCUCAGCAACAUGACGCUAGGGCUGCAGGUGUAUCAGACGUGUAAUGUUCCUCACUAUGAGGUACAAGGAGCCUUACACUUGUUAUCUGAAUCCGGCACGGCCAUCCCCAACUACAGGUGUCGUGGACAAUCACCCUACAGUGCAAUUAUAGGAUCUUCCAUUUCCACCAACUCAAUUAUGGUGGCAAAUAUUUUGGGCGUCUUAAAAUACCCUCAGAUCAGUGCAACAUCAAGCAUCUCUCUACUAAGUAAUCGAAUAAUGUUUCCCUCCUUUGUAAGGACUAUUCCCAGUGAUAAGGAACAGUCUAAGGGACUGGCUAACCUUAUUCUACACUUUGGUUGGACCUGGGUAGGUCUGCUGGCUGCAGGAAAUGAAUAUGGUCUACAGGGAAUUCAGCCAAUCAGGGAAGAGAUAAUAAAGGCUGGAGCUUGUGUGGCCUUCAUGGAAUAUAUACGUUUAUCUCAACCAGACCGCAACGCCCCCCACAUAGUCAAGGUCAUCAAAGAAUCAUCAGCAAAGGUUGUCAUUAUCUUCUCUUCUGAUGCUGAUUUAGUUCCUAUCAUGAAUGAGAUGUUGAAACAGAACAUCAAAGGGAAGGUUUUUGUCUCCAACGCUGGAUGGUCAACAUCUAAUUUGUUCUCAUCUGGAAGUUUUGCUCAGAUUUUAUCAGGGUCCAUUGGUUUAUUUAUUAACAACAGAGUGAUUCCUGGAUUUAGUGACUAUCUCAACAAGGUCCACCCAACGAUGGUAGAGUCCUGGGUGAACUUCUACUGGGAGAAACUUUUUAACUGUAGAUUUCUUUAUCAGAAAAACACAACCAGCUCUUUGGAUCCCGCAGUGACAGAGUGCACAGCAGCAGAGAGUAUGGACAGCAUCAAAAACAGCUUCAUCUACAUCAACAGCUUGUGCUUUACUCAUGGGUACUACGCCGCCGUCCGUGCUGUGGCCAAAGCCUUGGAAGGCCUGACAAGAGGUGUAUCAAAGGAAGCAACAUUUUUACACAUGGGCAGUAAAGACAGAUUGAGUUUUAAGCCAUGGCAGCUCCUGCACUACAUAAGGAAUGUGAGGGUUACACUGAACAGCGGAAGUAACCUUUAUUUUGAUGAGAAUGGAGACAUCCCUGCAGUCUAUGACAUUGUUAACUGGCAGCUGACCCAAGAAGGCACUAUGGGACAGGUCAAGGUCGGCAGUUAUGACACCAUCACAUCUUCUGGUCAAUUUCUCAACAUCAAUGAAAGUCUGUUAUUGUGGCCUAUGGGAAAGAAAGAGACCCCUCGCUCAGUCUGCAGUGAGAGCUGUCCUCCAGGUACCAGGAAGACGGCUAUAAGAGGACAACCUGCUUGUUGCUUUGAUUGUGUCCCUUGUCUACAAGGAGAAAUAUCUGUCCAGACAGAUGCUGUUGAUUGUAUGAAGUGCCCAUGGGAUCAGUGGCCAAAUCUUCAGAAAACCAGAUGUCUACAGAAGACAACAGAAUACUUGGACUAUGAGGACUCAUUAGGAGCAGCACUGGCAGCAUCAAGCAUAUUGUCCUUCUUCAUUCCUCUAUUUAUUUUAAGGCUAUUAAUUCAUUAUAAGUACACGCCCAUAGUGAAAGCUAACAAUUAUUCCCUAAGCUGUCUUCUCCUGGUGUCCCUGUCUUUGUGCUUCCUUUGCUCUUUAAGUUUCAUUGGUUAUCCCCAACCUGAGAAUUGUUGCCUACGUCAAGCUGCAUUUGGGUUGGUUUUUGCCCUUUGUAUUGCUUGUAUUUUAGCAAAAACUAUCAUGGUGGUCUUUGCUUUCUUGGCCACCAGACCGGGCAGCAGCCUGAGGAGAUGGACCACACCACAAGUGUCCUACAUGAUCAUUUUUGCUUGUUUCCUUUUACAGUUCCUCUUGUGUGUCACUUGGCUGACAUUUGCCCCUCCUUUCCCACAAUACAACACUCAAACAAAACCUGGACUCAUCAUUAUUGAGUGUAAUGAGGGCUCUUCCAUUGCCUUCUGGACCAUGCUGGGUUAUCUCUUUCUUCUGGCCACCAUUAGCUUCAUUGUUGCCUUCCUGGCUCGGCGACUUCCUAGCAGCUUCAAUGAGUCCCAGUUUAUUACUUUUAGCAUGUUGGCCUUCCUCAGUGUUUGGGUGUCCUUUAUUCCAGCCUCCCUCAGUGCUCAGGGAAAAUACACAGUCUCCAUGGAAGUAUUUGCUAUCUUGGUUUCCAGUUGGGCUUUGGUAAUCUGUAUGUUUCUGCCUAAAUGUUUCAUCAUAGUGUUCAGGCCAGACAUGAACUCCAGGGAAUAUCUCAUGAGAAGAGGCAGAUUUCUGCAAAACUGA